GGGGAAUGGUAGGCUUGGUGUGGGCAAGAGUUAAAAGAUGAGCGUAAGUACCAGUACCACUAGGACUGCGCGCAGCCGUGACAUGCAUUCGAUUCAGGAGAGGCCGGGGGCGAAGGAGGCGGAUGGGGUGGGUCGCCGACAGGCGCCAAAACGCAAUGCUGAUAAAAUCUUCCUCCUCGUCGGCGGUCGGAAGGAUUGGGAUGCCUUGACGGGGUUAAGGUUUUCCUGUCCUGGGCCUUCCCAAGUUUCUCCUCCUUUUUCCGUCCGGAUUUCGUUUUGCGGUGGAGUGGGCGAGGAGUAGAUAAACCAAAGUAACCGCCGGUGGAUGGAUGGUUCGAGAGAUAGAGUUGGUAGCGCUUCUCAAUUCUCCUACUUAGCUAGUACUCCGUACUCCAUACUCCAUGGGCCUCUUAGUGAUAAAAGAUGGGUGUGGCCGACCCCGUCGGGGCCCGGCUAAAGCAUCGCAGGCCGCCGCCUGAGACACCGGACUAUGUUGGGACGUCGGCGGCAGACACGAGCGCCAUCACCAGACAGGGGUGCCUGCGCGCCCAACGUAUUGAUCGUCAUGCACCUGAAAUUAUACAGGAGUGAAUAAUAGGCGAUCGGCUGGCUGAAAGGAGCUGACCCAGGACGAGUAGUGGAUGCAUCAUACCAUCCUGAUUCCAUCGAUGCCAUUUCUCCCUAUUCCGUGUCUCUUCGACUCUUCCUUACCUAUCUCGUACGAACUCC